GUUUCUCUCUCUUCCAAUUUGGAAAAGAAAAUAAAGAUUUUUCUGUACAGAUCGUCGAUUCUAAACCCUAAAAAGUCUCAAAAUACCUGGAAAUUCAUGCAUCUGGUCGAUCUUCGUUUUUGCUCAUCAUCUCCAUUCGAGGAUUUGUUCAGCGCCAGCUAGAUUUCAGGAGUUGAAUCGCUUCAUACUACUACAAAUCAGCAAAUCGCAGUAGAAUUUGAGGAGUCUGACGAAAAAUGGCAAGUCGGGUGAAGGAAGACGAGAAAAAUGAGAAGAUCAUCCGGGGCCUGCUGAAACUUCCUGCGAAUCGGAGAUGUAUGAAUUGCAACAGUCUGGGACCUCAAUAUGUUUGCAUUAACUUCUGGACAUUUAUUUGCACAACCUGCAGUGGGAUACAUCGGGAGUUCACGCACCGUGUAAAAUCAGUAUCAAUGGCAAAAUUUACUUCACAGGAAGUUAGUGCUCUUCAAGGAGGGGGAAAUGAGCGUGCUAGAGAAAUUUACUUCAAAGAAUGGGAUGCACAGCGUCAUUCUCAACCAGAUAGCAGUAAUGUUGAGAGACUCAGGGACUUCAUUAAGCAUGUUUAUGUGGAUAGAAGAUAUACUGGUGAGAGGGCUACUGACAAGCCUCCUAGGGUGAAAAUGGGUGAUAGGGAGGAUUCUAAUGAAAACAGAAGGUAUGAUACAUAUCGUGGGGGUUCUCGUAGUCCACCUUAUGAGGAUGCAUAUGAACGUCGAUAUGGUUCUGGUGGUAGAAAUGAUGACAGAAAUUUCAGAUACGGUAAAGAUGAAAGGAGAAGUCCUGGAUAUGAUCAACAAAGUCAAAGGCAUGGUGAAUACAGGAGAAGUCCUGCUCGUUUUGAAGUGGUUGAUGAUAGGUUUCGAGAUGAUAGAUUUCCAAAUGGCCGGCGAUUUGAAGACCGCAAGCUUUCUGAUGGAGAAUCCAAGCUAGAUGGUAAGUCACCAAACCAUCAAAAGGACUCACCAAACCAUCAAAAGGACACACCAAACCAUCAAAAGGACCUGGAUGCCUCCAGUCCUCCUAUGGUACGUCCUGUAAGAGAGAUCUUGGGGGAGGAUGUUCCCCCUCUUCGGGUUGGCGAACCUCCUAAAGAAAAUGGUAAGAAGGUUGUGGAUGGCUCAGCACAUACACAGAGAACUGCAUCUUCCAGUAGCUUGGGGACCCUUGAUGGAACUUUGGUGGAACUCAAAAAGGCAAGUACUGGAAGCUUGAUUGACUUCAAUGAUGAUCCUGAACCUCCUGUGGCUUCAGUUGCACCACAACCACAACCACAACCAACACCACCACCUACAAUGCAGUCAGUUCCACAGCCAGCAACAAGUUCAUACCCUGACAGCAACGAUUGGGCUUCUUUUGCUUUUGGUACACAAGAAAAGGUUUCUCAGGUUCCUUCAAAUGUGAACACUUUGGAAUCUGUAUUGUCUCAGUUGGCAGCUCCACCAGCUCUGCCCAUAAGCAAUACGUCAGCAUUGCCUGGUAGUACUGGUGCUCCAUCAACUGUACCUGUAGGCAAUGUGUCAAUGUUCCCACCUAGUGCUGGUCUCGCAGCUGCUUCUCUAGGCAUCUCAACAUCACAUGGUUAUGGUGCUCCAGCAGUUGCGCCAUCAGGGAACAUGUCAAUGUUUCCUGUCAGUGGCAAUGCUCCAACAGCUGCACAUGGAGGCAUGAUGUCGGGUGGCGGUAAUACCUUUGUCAAGGCUACUGAUGGGGGGCCGUGGCCAAAUGGGCAGCAGCAUCAGUAUUCUUUAUUUUCUACCUCUGAUAGUCAAUCUGCUGCUCAUCAGGCCAUUCCUUCGGUUAGCGGGGCUCCAAGUAAUCAGCUUCCAGCUAACGGAGCUCCAAAUAACCAACUCACUCCUUCAGUUAGUGGAAACCCAUCUAGUCAGCUCACUCCUUCAGGUAGUGGAGCUUCAAAUAAUCAACAAUGGGGUUCCUCAGUUCCACCAAAUGUGCUGGGAACUUUGAACACUCUAACUGCUCAACCAUCUCAAUUAAAGCCGGUCCAAGAUGCCAGUUCUGGAGCUUCAUUACAUCCUGCCCUUGUGGAAGGAAAAAUGAGUGGAAGAAAAGAACUACCACAAGACCUUUUCACCUCAGCCUAUUCAUCAGUUCCUACAGUUCCAGGUUGGCAAACUGGUCCACGUCCGGGAAUGGGAUUUGGCAUGCAAUAUCCUACUGCAAUGCCAAUUUCAGCCUUUCCCAAUUCAGCAAAAUCAAGUAACCCGUUUGAUCUCAACACGGAGCCAAGUCUAGCUCAAGCUUCAAUGUUUCCUUCCAUGGCAUUGCUGCAAGGAGCGCUACCAAACAUGGUGAGACCUACAGGCUUAUUGCGUACUUCCAGCAUUGGUACCUCGCCAGCACAAUGGAUGCAACCGCAAUCCCCAUCUUAUGCAUCAGCUUUUCAUCCCCAGUCACCGUCUUAUGCUUCAGCCCCACGUCCCCAGUCACCAUCUUAUGCAUCUGCAAUGCCUCCAAGUGCAUACAUGGGCCAACAGUCAUCUAGCAAUAUGCUUUCCUUUGGGCACCGAGGAGCUGGGGGUUUUGGCAAUGAUGGAGCUGCAUUUGGGAAUUUGGGUAUGGAUCAGCACCUUGCUGGUAGAUAUUCACAACCUGCUACGCCGAAUUCUUUUUCUUCCGUUGGAGGAAACCCAUUUGGAUAGAUAGAAGUACAAAGGCUUCUUGAUGCCAUUUUAGUAUCAGCAGCCUCUUGCUGUUACAGCCUCGUAACAUCAUAGGGAAAAGUUUGAUUUGUUCUGAUUGAAGAUCAACUGAAAGGAUCGAGAAUGAGAAAGGUAUUUUCAUACAUCUUUGCCCAGUUGAGGUGUAAUGUUUAGCAAGUCCAUGUAUUAAGGCUGAAGGUGAAGAAAAGAAGAGCUGAGAGAGAGAGAGAGAGGGGAAGAUUGUCUGGAAAAGUGGUGUGAUGGCUGGCAUUUCUAUGGGGACACAAGUUUAUUUUUUAUAGUCUGUGUUUGCUGUAAAUCUAGUUAUUAUUUGGUAAUGCAUUCCAUCGGGUGUUUUGUAUGUCUGUCCCUAUGGCGAUUGUAUUUUAUUUGCUUGUUGUCGGUCGGGUUUUGUACUUCCCAAACCCCAAAAUUUCCCCUCCCCCCGGCCCCUGGAAAAGGGGAAAAUAGGCUGCUGUCUCCAUUUCUUCCACAAUCACCAGUCACUUUUGAGUCCGUGAGAACCAUUAGAUUUUUGGUAGAGUUUUGGAGUUUCUAUUAAUGAUGGAACCAAAUUUAUAAAUAUGGUUUUGAUCUUGUUGGUAA